AUGCCGAAUUUACAAAAUUACAGCCCCGCAGACUUUGCAAACUUUUUUCUUCCUCGACUUCAUGGUCCUCUCGUUAAUAUUCGAAUUAACCCCUCGGGCAAGGAGUACACCGUUUCGAGGGACAUUUUCGUAAGCCGGUCUUCAUACUUCGCCAGAAUGCUUGGCGGUGACUUUGUGGAGGGGAAAGAGCAAACAGCAUCGAUCGAAGAACUUGAUGAUGUUCUUUCAGUCCAAAGCUUCGAAAUUAUUCUGCCGACAUGUUCGACAUCGGAGGCCCAGAUUGCUCAACACCUGGAAGAAACACUUAACCACGGAACCGGUCAGAAGGCAAACUUCGACGAGGGAAGCAGCGACAAAUCCUCAGCGGGCAGUGAAGAAGACCUUAACGCACACAUUUGUUGUCUCACAUCUGAAGACAUUCGCUCAGUAGUAAAUCUACAUGUAGACCACCCAGUGCGAUCUGUGGUAGCCCAGGCAUCUAUUAGGGGGUUCUUCUCCAGAAGAAACUGCCUCUUUGCCGAAGAGAUUCGACAAAUUCCUGGGUUUGCGGCGGAUCUUCUUGUGGCAAUACGUCAGGUCCUCAGACUCAGACAAGACCGGUCUAGCGAGUUCUACAUUAGGAAUCCUGCCAACGAUAGGCGAGUUUAUCUAUAA